AUGACGAAGAAAUCUUACACAGCGGCGCCAUCUCGCUUGAACCACAUAUCUGCAUCCUCGUCAUCGCCCACGAAACCGCUGGGGGCACGGGGAAGUUUAAAAUACCUCGGCGUCGAGGAUUUGUGUCUGUUAGCUGAAUUGAAAACCUUGAGUCCCUGUCAACUGCAAUCCAUUGAGAUUUUUAUAUUAUUGUUAAACUUGAGAAGAAUUUGA